AGAGGCGGAGGAGGGGCGGAAUUUGGUGACAGUUGCUUUAUCUUUCUACCUCCAAUUUUCUAAAACGCCACCAGGGAGGGACGUCAACAAAUCCCAAAACCAAAACCCCUACAAAACUCAGAAAUCGGAAACGGCGAAGAACGUACAGAGUAUAAGAAAUGAAAAUUUGAAAGAAUAAAUAAUUACGUCACUCGUCUUCUUCUUCUUAUGAUUCUCCUCCACCAUGGCCGUCGGCUCCUCCUCCUCAUCCACCCAUUGGUUAAGGUAAUCCCCCAUCACCAUCAUCAUCAUCCGCCCAAAAGCUGUGUCAAAUUUACAGAAAAUCAACACACAGAAUGUUUGGCAUUUUAAUCCCCCAAACCCAAACGCCUUUGCACUUCUCACCACCCCACUGCAACACCACCCAUAUUCUCUGCCGCCACAGCCCCCGCCCCCGCCGCCGCUUUAAAAGGAACAAGACAAGAGAAGUCUUUCUCAACAAUAAACCUCCUACCACCUUCUCCUCAUUCCCAAUUCCCUUCUUCACUACUGCUACUAGUGCUGCUGCUAUUGCCACAGCCAACUCUUCAGCUGCUGCUGCUGCUUCUUGUCUUCCUUAUCAUAAGGAUGAUGAUGAUUGCAAGGGUGAUGACAAUGCGCUACCGCUUCCUCUUCCCAAAUCUGAUGCUUCAAAAAACAACAAGCCCCUUCUCUCCUCUGCUCUUUUCUGGCUGCUUGUAGCUGUUUUUACUUCAUUCCGAAUCCUGGGGAGCCCACAUGCUGCUGCCAUGGCUGCCGUGGUCACUACUACUACUACUACUACUACUGAGGUAACUAGGAAGAAGACCAACCCUACUGCCGCUACAAACACCGAGCAGCAGGACAUCCGACGUGAUAAGCCCCGCUACCAGUAUUCACAUUCUACCCAGAGAUUGUUAGACAUUGUCUCCCAGCGAUUGCUUAGAAAAAUGGAGGAUGUCAAAAAUGGCAAAGACACCGUCCAUAGUGUUGAGGAGGCCUUGAAAGAUGUCAAAUUCAAGAAAAAAGAAUUGCAAGACGAGAUUAUGAGUGGGCUCUAUGCAGACUUGAGAGUUUUUAGAGCAGAAAAAACUGUUUUGCUCAAGCGCUCCGAGGAUAUACUUGACGCUGUUUCGAAGGCUAAGAGGGAGGAGGAGAUCCUCAGUAGGAGCAGCAGCAACAACAACAGGGCUGGAGACUUAGCAGUAGCAGUAAAGGAUAAGAUUGUCAAGUUGGAGGAGGAAAUGAGGAAUGGUGAAACUCAAUACAACGAAAUGUGGGACAGGGUAGCCGAAAUUGAUGAUCAGAUUUUGAGGAGGGAGACCGUGGCCUUGAGCAUUGGCGUGAGGGAGCUUUCAUUUAUCGAGCGCGAGUGCGAGCAGUUGGUUCAAGGGUUCUUGAGGGAUAUGAGGCGGACCAAUGUUGAAAGUGUGCAAAAUAAUUCUGUUACCAAGCUGUCCAUAUCUGAGAUUAAGGAUCAACUGCAAAGUGCACAUAGACAAUUCUUGGAGCAGAUUGCUCUCCGUAAUGUUUCAGUAGGUGAGGAUCAUGAUUAUGAGUAUAAUGCAGAAUCACUUGCAUUUGCUCAACGCAUAAAACAUGCACUAAGUGCUUCAAAGGAUAUGCAGAAGAAUCUGGAGGAUCAUUUAAGAAAAAGGAUGAAGAAAUAUGGUGAUGAAAAACGUUUUGUUGUGAGCACUCCAGUAGAUGAAGUUGUGAAGGGUUUUCCAGAAUUUGAGUUGAAGUGGAUGUUUGGAAGUAAGGAGGUCGUAGUUCCAAAAUCUGUUGGCCUUCAUUUAUUUCACGGUUGGAAAAGAUGGCGUGAAGAAGUGAAAGCCAAUUUCAAACGAGAUUUGCUGGAAAAUGUUGAACUUCGUAAAAAGUAUGUGGCCGAGAGACAGGAAAAAAUUCUAUUGGAUCGGGACAGAGUAAUGUCAAGGACUUGGUACAAUGAAGAAAGAAAUAUGUGGGAAAUGGACCCUAUAGCUGUUCCUUAUGCUGUGUCCAAGAAACUUAUCCAGAGUGCUCGAAUAAGGCAUGAUUGGGCUGCAAUGUAUAUUACGCUUAAGGGAGAUGAGAGAGAAUAUUAUGUUGAUGUGAAGGAAUUUGAAAUGCUGUUUGAAGAUUUUGGAGGGUUUGAUGGGCUGUAUUUGAAAAUGCUUGCCUACGGUGUUCCAACUGUGGUUCAGCUUAUGUGGAUUCCUUUCUCAGAAUUAGACUUUGGUCAACAGUUUCUCUUAGUAAUGAGACUUUGCCAUCAGUGCUUGACUGGAUUAUGGAAUACUACUGUUGUCUCGCGUGCAAGAGGCUGGAUCAUUGAUAAAAUUAGAAAUAUAAAUGAUGACUUAAUGAUGAUGAUUGUUUUCCCCACUGUGGAGUUCAUUAUUCCUUACUCGAUUAGAAUGAGAUUAGGAAUGGCUUGGCCAGAGUAUGUUGAUCAAUCUGUGGGUUCAACUUGGUACUUGAAGUGGCAGUCCGAGGCUGAAAUGAACUUUAGAUCAAGGAAAACAGAUGGAUUACAGUGGUAUCUUUGGUUUCUACUUAGAUCUGUCAUAUAUGGAUUUGUGUUGCUUCAUGUCUUCCGGUUCAUGAGGAGAAAAAUUCCAGGACUUCUUGGUUAUGGGCCUCUAAGGAGAGAUCCAAACUUAAGGAAGUUACAGAGAGUGAAAUAUUAUUUUAAGUCUAGGUUGAGGAGUAUAAAGCAAAAGAAGAAGGAUGGUGUUGACCCUAUAAGUACAGCUUUCGAUCAAAUGAAGAGAGUUAAGAAUCCUCCUAUAAGGUUGAAAGAUUUUGCAAGUGUUGACUCUAUGAGAGAAGAAAUUAACGAAGUUGUGGCGUUUCUACAAAAUCCUCGUGCAUUUCAAGACAUGGGAGCUCGUGCCCCUAGGGGGGUGCUAAUUGUUGGUGAGAGGGGAACAGGGAAGACUUCCCUAGCAUUGGCUAUUGCUGCUGAAGCAAAGGUGCCUGUUGUUGAAGUUAAAGCCCAGCAGUUGGAGGCUGGUCUUUGGGUUGGUCAAAGUGCAUCAAAUGUUAGAGAACUGUUUCAAACCGCUAGGGAUCUGGCUCCAGUGAUCAUAUUUGUGGAAGAUUUUGACCUCUUUGCUGGUGUGCGAGGGAAGUUUAUUCACACCAAGAAGCAGGAUCAUGAGGCUUUUAUCAAUCAACUGCUUGUGGAGCUUGAUGGGUUUGAAAAACAAGAUGGUGUUGUUUUGAUGGCUACUACCCGAAACCUUAAACAAAUUGACGAGGCAUUACAGCGCCCUGGUAGGAUGGAUAGAAUAUUUCAUCUUCAGCGGCCAACACAAAGAGAAAUGGAGAGGAUACUUCAUAUAGCUGCAAAAGAAACUAUGGAUGAGGAACUGAUUGAUUUGGUGGAUUGGAGAAAGGUUGCUGAAAAAACUGCCCUUUUGCGUCCAAUAGAGCUAAAACUUGUUCCUAUGGCACUGGAAAGUAGUGCUUUUAGAAGCAAAUUUCUUGACACAGAUGAACUUCUAAGCUAUUGCAGCUGGCUUGCUACGUUCAGUGGAUUUGUCCCCAAUUGGGUGAGAAAAACCAAAACAGUGGGGAAAUUGGCCAAGAUAUUGGUUAAUCAUCUUGGAUUGACAUUGACUAAGGAGGACUUACAGAAUGUGGUUGACCUAAUGGAACCGUAUGGCCAAAUAAGCAAUGGGAUUGAACUAUUAAAUCCCCCUUAUGAGUGGACCAGGGAAACGAAGUUACCGCAUGCUGUUUGGGCUGCUGGUCGUGGGCUGCUUGCUUUUCUUUUGCCAAACUUUGAUGUCAUUGAUAAUCUAUGGCUCGAACCUUUCUCUUGGGAGGGAAUUGGGUGCACAAAAAUUACUAAAGCUAGAAGUGAAGGUUCCCUGAAUGGGAAUGUGGAAUCAAGAGCUUAUCUUGAAAAGAAACUUGUAUUUUGCUUUGGUUCAUAUAUAGCCUCUCAGCUGCUAUUGCCAUUUGGGGAAGAAAAUAUACUGUCUUCAUCGGAGUUGAAAAAAGCUCAAGAGAUAGCUACACGGAUGGUGAUCCAGUAUGGGUGGGGGCCAGAUGACAGUCCAAUGAUUUACCAUCAUGGCAAUGCGGUGACAGCAUUGAGUAUGGGUAACAACUAUGAAUAUGAAAUGGCUGCUAAAGUUGAGAAGAUCUAUUACUUAGCAUAUGACAAAGCAAAAUCAGUGCUACAAAAAAAUCGCAAAGUGAUGGAGAAAAUUGUGGAGGAAUUGCUUGAAUAUGAGAUCUUGACUGGAAAGGAUUUGGAGAGAAUUUUUGAGGACAAUGGUGGGAUUCGGGAAGAAGAACCAUUUUCACUUUCAAGUGCAAGUGGAGAAGAGCCCAUCUUUAAGAGCUUUCAUGAAAAUGGCAAUGCGUUGGGAAGUUCUCUUCUCACUACAUCAAGCUAGCAAUGAAACCAUGAACUUUUGGGAUGCAAGUUGUCGAGGCUAAUCGUGUGUCAGGCAGGUAUAUGACAAAAGUACACAGAAUGGGAUAUUUGCAGUCUGAAAGUCGUAGUCUCUAGCUGAGAAAAGGCCUUCUUCAUUUUUUUCCCCCUAUCUACCUUCAUUGAGGUUAUUAUUUUAAUAGUAGUGGAAAACUUAGGCGAGUCUCUUUCCAUUUUUCGGCUCUUGAUAGGCUUCGCUGUGUAAAUUUUGCAAAAUUUUAAGCGAAUGAGCAUGUCAAUGUCCUGCUUCUUUAUCUGUGAAAAAAAUAUUGGGUUGUUUGUUUGUUUUU